UUUUUUCUCUCUUUCCGUCUGCCUUUCUUAUUUUUGGCUUGUAACGAUGGGCGAUUCGUUUUUCGGCUUCAAUACAGGCAUGCCUCCUUUGAGUGAGGGAGAGCUGCAGAAGCUGGAAUCAAAAGAAGACAAUAUUAGCAGUAGCGUAGACGAGUCAGCUGGUGGCGCCGGAAACAACCACCGCAGUAAAAAUCGUGAUCACGGUGACGAUCUAGAAGUGUACAACUUUGAUGCAUUGAAAGACGGGAUUAAUGACUACGAUGACCGUGAAGUCGACGACAACCUCGGUGACAUGUUAAUCGACGAAGGCGACGACUUUAAUGACGAAACUUUUGGCGAAGCUUCUGUUGGUCAGGACUAUGACUUUUUUGCGAAUACAGAAAAGUUCAACACGGUGAUAUCUGAAGAAGAGGCGUUUGGUGUGAAGAGACACCCGGCCGAAGACCAGCAACAACAACAACAACAACGUGGUCAAGCGGGAAAAAACCGACACAGUGUAGGCAGCUCAUGGGGUGCCACAGACCGUGGUGGUGCGGGUACCAUUGGAAGUCGCCCUGCGAGUCAGGAUUUUCGUAACCAGAGUAGCAAUCAAUUCAAGUCAUCUCCUGUGACAGGUGUCCAGUCGAUUUGGGGAGGAUUUGGUGGAAACAUUUCAUCUUCAGGUAAGAGGACGUUGGAUAAAGGAUUAUGAAAAAGACUAGGGUGACCUUUUCCACACAGUUGACAAUUAACGCACCUUUUUUGGGUCUCUGAUCCUUGAUCUUUGAACAAAUAAAAGACCGGGGCUUUAGCUCGUUUG